CUAGAGAAUCUUCUGUCAACCGGGGGACAAGUGAUCGGAACCGUUUUUAUUCUCCUGGAAAUUCCCAUCAAAUUUUUCGAAAAUGAUCAAAGAAUCAUUUGCCUAUAAGCAAUGCCAGUGCGCCUCUCAAGCGCACGAAGCCUGAAUAACAAGUGGAUCGACCGUCCGUCGCUCCGUCCUCCUCAGCAUACAAAGCAACCCAAGCAUCAUCGGCACUCCCUGCGCCCGGUCUGCAGCCCACCGCCUUCGACUACGACUUUACCGCCGCCCCAGCUCAAACCACAUCCCCCGUGCCCCUUGUUCCGGCCAGUGCCCUUCCUGCUGCUCCUGCUCAUCCUCGGACCAGUGCCUGCAGCAUGCAAGGACCAGAACUGCACCUUCCUCGAGGGCUACAUCCUGCAGUACGUGUGUCACAGCAGCUACAUAGAGGAGAUUCGGUUGCAGCACAAAGACCGCAUCCCGGCCAUCGGGACCCCGUACGCCAUCUGGAAGCGUCCCGACACCCACGACCCGUCCUACCUGCUCAUCUCCUUUUACGACUCGCCGCUCUUCUCCUGCUACACGGUGGUUAUGCACAAAGGCAAGUUUUACUGCGACGGGCGCAACUUCAUAGAGCCGAACACGGAGGUCGAGCAGAUGCACUGCCUCAACUAUCCGUUCCACUACACCUUACACCUGUACAAUGCGUGUGCCAAGAAGCCGUGCUCGGAAGGAUCGCCGCCCAUUGCAGUGGCGAUCGCCUACAUGAAGAGCAAUAUCAGGAGGACUAGUGAGGCUGUACCUCGCGUUAAACGCACUGCGGCUGUCCCCCUUCUUGUGCCCAUAAUCCCACUUCUCCUAUCCCGAUAUUUUGGUAUUUUACUAUGUCAAUAAAAUGGUUCCGAAUAGUUA